UGCAUCAUUAGAUUAGCAACUUUAGUCCUAAACCGUCUUUAUUGCCGGUUUCAUAUUUUAUUUGACACUUUUCAUCAAACAGGUCAGAUUAUUUUAAAUGCUAACAGUGUAUUCUGUUGAGUGCGAUAGUCACCAAGAGACUUGAUUAACACUAAAGCGAACAACUUUGAAUGUUUUAGCCUUGUUAGCAUUGUUAGCUUAUUUUAAAUAGAGCUACUGAUGUUGUGCUGCUAGCUUUCUUUCAACGUCGUCAAACUCGUUAGCUUGAAUUUUACCAACUUGUUUAAGUACAGUCAGGUUGUCAGGAAUGAUAAAGGUGAGAAAAACAACCAGCAAUACUAGGAAGUACUCCUGGACACGCAAGUGUCAUCAUUUGAAGGCCCCCCAGCGGCCUCGGCCCGUCAGGACCGUCAUGACCCGCAGCCAGUGCUCCUCCGCCGCGGGCUUCUUCAACGGACUCCCCGCUGAGGUCUUCCACAUGAUCCUGGACCAAAUGUCCGUGGUGGACAUCAGCGUGUUCAGCAUGGUUUCAAAGGAACUCACCAGUUGUAUUGUGAACUACAUCUCCUCCCAGGCCUGGAGGAAUAAAACCAUCAUCCAGAGCUUUCACAACCCCACAUUGUCAGAACAAAGAUCCACGCUGGAACACUACAGACACCUGGGAUUGUUGUUCAAGAGGUGUACCCUGCUGCUGCCCACAAAGGACAGGUUAAAGUUCAUAUUUAGCAAGUUUUCACAGAUACCUUGCUUCAUGUUGGAGCAGUGCCUUACACCAGACUGCACUGGUUUCUCCCGAUACGGCGUCUUCCUCCAGACCCUGAUUGCAGGAUGGGAUGAGCUGGAGUGCCACAGAGUGUUUGGUUUUCUUUGUGAACAAACAAACCUGCUGCUUAAGACUGAAGCUUUACUCACCGCGAAACCAGGGCUGAAGCGAUACCAGGAGCUGCAGCUCCGACUGUUUUGCCGUAAAGUUCUGCUGGACCCAUGCCAGAACCAGCCAGAUGGACAGUUCUGGUUGGUUCAGCUGCUGAAGCCGUGGCCGCUGGUCAGCCAAGCCCACCUACUGUUCGUCCUUUUUGGACCUUUGCUGCAUGAGGGUAUUCUGGGCUGGGAGGAUCUGGUGGACCGGGGUCUGCCGCACAGCGCGCUGUGGGAUCUGGCCAAGUGCAUCCUCAUGCUGUCUGGCACGCUGCAAGUCAAAGGCUGGAGCACCGACUCAGUGCUGUCAAUCCUGGAGGAGCUCAUUGUCAUCCCCCAGCCGUGGUACUUGGAGAACGUGGCCCGCCUGCUGGUGCUGUGCGGCAGCAGCCUCUGCUACACCUUCCUGGCCAGCAAGGCCCUCAAUGGACGACUGGACGAGAUCUCCAGGAUCAUCAUUCAUAUCAUCCUGGUGUGCGAGAAGGACGGCUACCACAUGAGCUGGGCGGUGAAGCUGGUUCAGCAGAUCUGCAAGGUGUUCAGCACGGCGCCGGAGAGGUUCACCUUCAUCCAGCACCUGGAGAACAUGUUCUCUGAAGUCACCAGAGAGUUCUACGAGUCCUCUGUGGCAGGGAACAACUUUGAAGACAGAGAGACUUUCCAGACCUUUUGCAUCCUCCUGGACUCCAGCGCUCGCUUUCACACUAAACUGCUCCACAUGUUCCUGAAAUAAGAAUGAUUUAUAGAAGGCAAAAUAUGGAAAGAAAUGUCAAUAAUGAAGGGGGUUGUCUAAUUAAAAGAACUGCACAAACAGAACCGAACCACUUCAUGCUGUUUAAAUGCUUUUGUUAAACAGUUUUGUUAUUUAUUCAGCUAUUAGUGUGUCGACAUUUUACAACGCAGUUCAAAAGCUCUGUUGGGUGUGUUAUUAUAUAAGAAUUUAAUAUUUAUUUGUUAGCAUAAUUUUUUUUGCAGUAUAUUUAUUUAAUUUAU